GAAUUAGAGCUUUACCCGGUAUCACUGACAUGAGUCUACUAUGUUACUCCUAAAUUGUGUUGUUGUUGUGUUAUGUUUCAUUUUUUGUAGAGCUUCACAAAACGAUGGUGUUGGUUGUACUUUUGCUUCUUCUUGGCUUGAAUCAGUGGUCCUGUCGAUGAAGCUGAAUAAACAUGGCUUUCACAGGGACCUUGUUUAUGAGGUUCGACAUGAGCCUACAUCACAUCCUGUCCAGGCACUUCUUCUGCACAAAUUGCCCAGUGGAGUUUACAUGGAUCAAUAUCAGCUUGCAGAUCUGAGGGAGGAAAUGGGAUUACAGGUGCUCCUUAAUUCAGCUUUAGAUCUCGAGAGCCCGGCCCACGUUUCUUCUUCUUUCUCUGCACUGGUAUUUCUCGGUCCUCCUGAGCCUCUACAUGCAGCAGUUCCUGUCCAUGGUCGAUACCACAAGGCAUCCAGUACGGGAGGAUGGGAACAAGUUAUAAUCAAACCUCCAAGACUGCUGCUUCGUUUAGAACACUGUGACACUUUAGACCAUGGCUUACCUCACCGAGUGGUUGAUGCCCCUUGCACAGUUCAGAACCAGAGUUUCUGCUCAUGGCUGGAGAUCGAAGGAUUAAAGGUGCCAAGUGUGAGUCUUGAGCUGCCAGUGGGUGAUUCUUCUCUGCUCAUCCCAGUGUGUGCUGUAACAACACUGGUGUCUCUGCUGUGUAGUGCUUUUCUCUUCAGGGCUGUCUGGAAACAUGGCAUCUUCUGAAACUGUAGUAGUCAUAAGCGAAAAUGUCAUCGUUAGGAACAUCUGCAAAGUUACAAUCCUGUGUUAAUCACAAAGGACUAGUGAAAUGAGCAGAAUUUUAUUUAUGUACAGUAAAUACUCUAUCCUGCA